UGUGGGUUGAGUUGGAUUGACGGGCGACGAUCAGCGUAGCAAUCCGAAAACGUCGUAAACCAUCCAGAAGUAACUGAAAACUCCUAUUUACUUUGCCAAUAACACUACUUUCCAUUCCCUUUCUUGCCAGCCUCAGGCCACCUGAUCACACCCAAAAUUCCCUUUGAGAAAACAAGAAAAAAGACCAAAUUCCUCUCUGCCCUAAUUAACCUCUAUCUCUCUGAUCCCGUAAUUCUUGCCUCCGCCCAAUUGGGAUCCCUGCUCGUCGUCCUGGCACAGCCCACGACGACGAGUGGAUGCAGGUUGGUUUACAUAGUCAAUAUUAAUUCAAUUUUAUGUCGCGAGUUCCGUACCAGCUCCUGGAGCUGGCUAUCAUCUCAGCUCAGGAUCUGGCAUCCGUCUCCAGAAAUCUGCGCACUUAUGCAACCACCUGGAUCAAUCCAAACCGAAAACUCAAGACCCGGGUCGACAAUCAGGGCCUGAACAAUCCUACAUGGAACGACAAGUUCAUUUUUCGGGUGGAUGACAAGUUCUUGAAUUCUGCGACAUCUUCCGUGAUGAUUGAGAUUUACGCCCAGGGAUGGCUGCGGGAUACCCCUGUUGGGUCUGUCAGCGUGUUGAUUAGCAACCUGAUCCCUCCUUCGGUCCGCCAGGAGGGUUCUAGCCGCCGGUUUGUGGCGCUGCAGAUUCGCCGCCCGUCAGGCCGGCCUCAGGGGAUUCUGAACAUGGGGGUCUCCCUGUUGGACAAUACAAUGAAGAGCAUGCCGCUCUAUGCCGACCUGAAUGCGUCCGCUGUUGGAGUCCGUGAUCUGAUGGAUGAAAAAUUGUGCAAAAACAACAAACGCAACAAGGAAAAUGAUAACCAGCGAAAAGUACAUCGUCAGGACGGCGGGAAGGAAUCGUCGGGCGAGAAGAAGAUUCAGUUAUUGCGGACCCUGAGCGAUCAGACGGAUCUGACGAGGAAACAGGGCGGAGGGAGGAAAAGAAGGGGUAGUUCAGUGUGUAACGUACCAUAUUAUAAUCAAGGCUUCAUGCUGAACAUCGGAGGCAGUUCAGUGGUCGGAGGUGGUUCGGUUGUACAUGCGGGUGGAUCCUAUGUGAACGGAUCCCAAUGCAACUCCGAUUUGGGGCCGUCUCCAUCGGUGGUGGCGGCAGCUGUGGCGUGCGGGCUUUAUCCGACGCAGCUAGGGCCGCCUCCAAAGCCUGGGAGCUCAGUCCUGGAGGAUUGGACGGUUGAGGAGGCGAGCAUGGAAGGGCUAAAAUCCAAGAUCGAGCGGUGGCGGAUGGAGCUUCCGCAGAAUCAAAGGUACCAGAGGCUUGAGGCCAGCAACAAACGAAGGGAGAAGAAACCCGGCCACCGGCGCAGGAAAACAGCAAACGGCGCUGAUGAUGAUGAAGCCGGCCGGUUUUCGUGCUUCGGAAAUGCGUAUGGUUGCGAGUUCACCAUUGUUUGCGGCAGUAAGAAUGGGGGCAGGAAGAGUAAGUCUGGUGGCUACACGAGCAGCAAGACCAGCACUUCCGAAGUAUGAAAGAUUCUUGAAAAUCUUGAUAUACAUCCACCAAUUGAUAUGGAAUGCUAGCAAGUAAAAUUCUAAUUCCAAUCCAGUUCGGUCAGAUCAAAAUUAAUUAAAUAAUAAGUGUAAUACACUUAUCAUCUGAUCAGUGGACAUUUAAAAAAAAUGACCAAUCAUAUGACAAGUAUAAUACACUUAUUUAUCCGAUUAAUUUAGUUCAAACAUACGUAGUUUGGGUUAGGAUUUUCAAUAAGUAAUGGCAUGCUAUUGAUGCUUUGAAUAUUUACAUAUGAUGAAAAGAUUAGAAAUAGGAGAAGGUCCCUGAUCAGUUUUCAGUGGAGAAAAUGGGGUGGAUUCGUAUUUGUUCUGCCCCUGUGGAUUUUUUUUUUACUUUUUAUCUUUCGGUGUGUUUGCUUUUUUUUAUUUUGGUUUUGAUCCUUUUAAUACCCCUUUUUUGUAAAUGACUGUGAAUUGUUAUCUAGAAAAAGAGGGGGAAAAGGGAAAGGGUUUUCUGGAUUUUUAAUCCAAGUGUAUGUAAACCGAGGUUGAAUUAAUUCACCAGUUGGUUACAAUGAAUUGUGUGAAAUUAUUGUUUGAUUAUGAUCAAUUAAUGUCUUGAUUUGGGCUUCCUUUA